AUGCACUUCGAUCCCAUGACUACUACCGUCAUCGACGAGGCUCCCAGUAUAAAUUUAGCAUACGCCGGGCUAUGCGUUUUCCAACCGCCAGCCAUGCGUAGAAUCAGUCUGGCCUCCAUCUGCCUCCUUCCGUUUGCCGCUGCCCUUAGCUGGACGACAACACCAUUCAACCCUUCAUCAAUCCCACUUGCUGUUCGAACGCCAUAUCUGAGUACUUGGUUGCCACAGGGCGCAGGUGCUGCCCUUAACGAUGCAUGGCCCACAUUCUGGGCUGGGCAAAUUACUGGAUGGGCUGGGUUCGUCAAAGUCGAUGGUGUGGCGUACUCGUUCCUGGGUGCCUCAAGUGUCCCUUCUGCAACGUUCAACAAGGCAGUCCAGAAAAGCUUCAAGUUCACUUCCACUCAAAGCAUAUUCGUACUCUCUGCUGGUGCCGUCGAUCUGACUGUGACUUUCCUGAGCCCGGUAGAGCCAACCGACCUUCUCAAGCAAUCAAUCCCUUUUUCGUAUUUGUCGGUUUCUGCUGCCUCGACGGAUGGCAAGGCGCAUACUGUUCAGGUAUACAGUGACAUAUCUGCCGAAUGGGUCUCCGGCGACAAUUCUCUUGCCGUCAAGUGGAACUCGACCACAACGGGGAGUAUCUUGACUCACCAAGUUCAACUGCAGACACAAAAUGUCUUUAGCGAAGUCAAUGAUCAUACUCAAUAUGGCUCCGCUUUCUACUCCACCCCCAACACCGUCAGCGCAACCUACCAAACUGGAGCAGACGUUACUGUGCGCGCACAAUUCAUCAACAACGGCAAGCUCGGCAACACUCUCGACACCAACUUCCGGGCAAUAAAUAAUAAUUGGCCCGUCUUCGGUCUCGCCCAUGACCUCGGUUCUGUUACGACGGCUUCCGCUCCGGUCUUGUUCUCCGUCGGUCAUAUUCGCGACCCUGCUAUCCAAUACAUCGUGACUGGUGGAGCUCUCCAAAGCCGUAGCAGCUAUUUCUUGAGCCAGUUCUCGACAUCAGAUGCAGUUAUCUCUUCAUUCCUCGGCGACUAUAGCGCGGCACUUGGGCGAGCCAACACCUUUGACGCCAAAGUCCAGUCCGAUGCUAGUAAAAUCUCGGCCGACUACGCAGGUGUUGUCGCCAUCUCCAUUCGUCAAUCGCUCUCCGCAAACGAGAUUACCCUCUCUAAGACUUCUUCCGGCGCGUUCAACACCUCUGAUGUCAUUGUUUUUAUGAAGGAAAUUUCGAGUGAUGGGAAUGUCAACACGGUCGAUGUGAUCUUCCCUGCAUGGCCUAUUUUCCUGUAUACCAAUCCUCAACUCGGCAAAUUUUUACUUGAAGGCCUUUUCCGGUACCAGGCAUCCGGUCAAUACCCCAACAAAUGGUCCGUCCACGAUCUUGGCUCGUCUUACCCCAAGGCGCUGGGGCACAACGACGGGGGUGAUGAGGCAAUGCCGGUUGAGGAGAGCGGAAACAUGGUUAUCAUGGCUCUGAGUUACGCACAGAAGACCGGAGACUUGUCGCAUUUGCAACGCUAUAGCGCUCUGCUGGACCAAUGGACCUCUUUCUUGAUUUCUGACAGCCUCAUUCCUGCCAACCAGAUCAGCACGGCAAGUUCCUAUCUCGGCGUUUUGUGGGUAUGCAUCCUGAUAUGCACCUCUAGGAUGAUUUUGCCGGUUCCUUGGCGAAUCAAACCAAUCUUGCGAUCAAAGGCGAGUGGUGUGGGACCCACAAUGCGGUUUUUUAAUAGGGCGGUAGGUAUCGUGGGCAUCGGGGCUAUGGGCCAAAUUUGGAAUCUACUCGGUAACACGAGCAAGGGCGCAAACUACACUGCCAUUGCGAAGAGCUAUGUCACACAAUGGCAGACUCUGUCUGCGUCAAGCACUGGGGCGCACUUGACCCUCGCUUAUGGCAAUGCGAAUUCGUGGGGGCUCUCAUACAACUUGUACGGCGAUAAGCUGCUCAAGCUAAACCUGUUCCCUGCUUCGGUCUACUCUCAACAAACCGCCUGGUAUUCGAGCCACGCGAACAAAUUUGGAGUUCCUCUUGACACUCGGCACACGUACACUAAGACUGACUGGGAAAUAUUCACCGCGUCAUGGGCAACGACGACUGCAGUUCGAGAUCUGCUCAUUUCAGCAGUUAAGAGCUGGGUGUCGGACGGCCAAUACAAUGCGCCAUUCGGAGACUUGUAUGAUACGGUGACAGGUGCUGUCGCCAUUGGAUUCAAGGCUCGUCCAGUGGUUGGCGGCCACUUGGCAUUGCUCACGUUGUAG